CCCGACGGCGUUAAGCGCGAAAAUGGAGCAGGCCACGUCCAUGGACCCGUCGACUAACGUGUGGCGGACGGCCUGCAUGCGCAUGCUGGAGAAUCAUUUUUCGUUGCUUGUGUGCAACGGAGGCAACGAGAAAUAUCGUAAGUAGUACAGGCGCCCACGCACAUGAAUGUCUGGAACUCCCUCAGAGAAACCUUCUUGGCCCAAAAAGCAGCAUUUGGUAACGAAACAUCGACCAGUCGAUCGAACAGCACACAAAACGGAGGCAAGCUCAGCAUGAUCAACAUCUCCGGCCCGUUUCGGGAAAUUGGCACUGAGAAGGAUGAGCGCCCACCAUCAGCCCAACUCGCAGUCAUAAAAAGUCUUCGAACCUCGGGAGCCCGCUGAACGUGAC